CUUUUUCUGUAAUGGAUGUCUGAACAAGAUGCCUUUAUUGGAGAAGUUGCGUUGUCGUGGUUGGAAGGUUUUGUCUUCCGAUAACGUUCCCAGUUUGAAAACUGAAAGCAUGUCGGCAAGGUGGCAAAUGCGCACAACAAUGGGAGACCGUGGCAGAAUUUCUAUACAUCCAUAAGGCGUCCGUUUUUGUGUGAAAUGUUUGUUUUUCAGCGUCAUUCCAAGAGAGGUUCGAGAUGUUUGGGUUUUACAAGACCAAGAUCUAUCGCAGCAAUGAGGGGUGUUGCAUAUGCAAAACAAAGUCAUCCAGCUCCAGAUUCACAGACAGUAGCAGAUAUGAAGAGACAUUCAGGCUAUGCUUUGGAUUGUCUGAGGACCGUGUGGGGGAUAUCUGCAAUGCGUGUGUGCUGUUGGUGAAAAGAUGGAAAAAGCUGCCUCAUGGGUCAAAGAAGAACUGGAAACAUGUUGUAGAUGCCAGAGCCGGCCCCGGGUAUAAGCCACCCAAACCCAAGAAGAUAAAGAGUGUGGAGGGGAAAGCCAAAGCCAGGCUGAAGCGGCUCCACCAGCUCGGCAGACAGAACUCUGAUGCCCACAGUACAUGCAGCACGUCUCCGUCCCAGUCCCCGAGCUACAGCAACCAAUCAGACGACGGCUCCGACGUGGAGUCCAAACACAGACGGCCGGCGGCCGCCCCCUCCAUGUUCUCCUUCCUCGACCUCUCCUAUUGGAAAAGGCAGAAGGUGUGCUGCGGCAUCGUGUACAAGGGCCGCUUUGGAGAGGUCAUGAUCGACCCGCGCCUAUUCAAGCCCUGCUGUCGCUCCCGGCAACAGAAGACCUUCGCGCCGGAACUGGAUGAUGGCGUCGUGGGUGAGGCGUACUCACCUGGCGUUGACAUCAGCGACACGCCGCCGUCCUCUACUCUCGCGGAGGAUGCCAAGGAGUUGCGGUGAUGCUCCCCGUGCCCCUCCCAUGCCAUCCCCCUCCCCGUGCCCCCCCAUGCCAUGCCCCUCUACUCUCCUCUUGUGCCUCUACCUUUGUCUCCAGUGGAAGACUUUUUUUUAUUAUUUCUUUUUGUUUCUGUGAGGCACACUUAAUUAUUUUUUUUGUUGAAUUCCAAUACUUUUUUUUUAAUUUCAUACAUUUGUAAUGUUUUGUAAGAAAUGUAUUUUUUUGAUUCCUGUAUUUUUUUCUUAAGAAAACCACAAAAUUAAAAAAAAAAAAAAUAAGUUGUGCAUUAGCAGCUAUUAAUAGGACUAGUUUUGCUGCUCUCCUCCUGCUCUACAAGGGACGUGUCCACGUCAUGCGGGACUAUAAGCAGUCUUCAUUAUAGUUUUCCUGCUCUACAAGGGACGUAUCCACGUCAUGUGGCACUGUAAGCAGUCUUCAUACUGUACUUAAUGUAAGCCUGAUAAGCGGUUGUAUCCUGUAGAAUUUUGUUUGUCUUUGUGUGUUGAAGCGCGGAUUGAAGCACAUUUUUUUGUCCUCCUAUACGGUAAAACCUAAUUUCACUGCGUGUGCAGCUAUGUGGAAUGAUUUCCAGGGCAUUUGUCUUUUUUUUGUUUUUCAUGUUUCUUGUCUUCAUUGUAAAAUGCCAGGUCUCAGGGUGGUUCUGGAAGAGGUCGCUUUACAUUGGGCAAUUUAGCUGUAAAGAGCAGUUGCAUCAAUAGAAGCAUAUGCAACAUGUAGAAAUAAAGAAUCCAAUCAUGCUUUUUCUAGGUGUGUGUCGAGCGAGGGAGCAUGUGGUCAAAGGAUGCUCGAGCUGUCACUGUGUGUGAAGAGAGCACAGGACGUAUGUGUUCAUUGUGUAAGAAGUUAUUUAAAGUCUGCUUUUUUUGCUGUACUUACUGUGAGCUGGGUAGUCAUAUGUGGAUUUAGUUUAGUCUCGGGGCUACAAGAGAGCUUUGCGGGUAAAGGCCAGGUUAAAAAGCUUUCUAUGUUCUCAGCUGAGACUAGUUCUAGUCCAUACAUGGAUCCAAACCCAGCUGACAUGUUUCCUGUUCAGUUUCUGGAGUUUCAUUUUGCUUUCACCUUAUUUAUCAUGAGUCCUUUUUAAUGAUAUAUAAUAUAACUGACCAAAUGGCAUCGCAAGCGUUUUUACAAAAUAUUUUUUUAAUAUGAAUAAUGACUUCUCUUUUUUUUUCUUCAGACAUUUAAUUUAUGGUUCAUGCAUAGAAGCUCAGGGGUCUUGUCGAGAGCUCAAGCUGGAAAAUAAUUGAAAAAUAAAACAAAGUUGAAAUGAAAUGGGAGGAAAGGAUGACACUGCCUUUUGUCUUAGUUAGACCCACGCUUGGACACUUCUUGUGCACUCUUGUGUCUGUUAGUUCCUCAGGGCGAUGCUUAUGCAGACCUGUUGAAUGUCUGUGUGAUUCAUCCUUCUGUCCCGUCAGUUACUGGACCCUACAAAGCCAUUGGAGCCCACACGUACUCCUAUGGAAUAAAGAUGUACUCACUAUAAAACACUACAUUUCCUCUCUGAGGUGUUUGUCCGAUUUACUUUUUGGAUCAUUUUUUUUCUCCUGAACAAAAUAAAGGGAGUAUGCUGGACUGAGUUCAUGCACAUCUCCGUAUGGUUGUUGUCAAGAGGUUCGGAGUCGGGUGUCUGGUGUCAUUCGACAUUAGCAGGUCCCAUAAACAAACUAAGCCUGUAUUAGACGCUCAAUGCCAUAGUCUUGGUUCUUCAAUUUGUUUUCCACUGUUGAAUCUUACUAUUGUAAUUUAUUUUAUUUAUUUCCAGACCAAUUUUUGUACAUACCUGAUGCUGUCCAUUACCUCCUCUUAUACUGCACUUUGGUGGAGCUUAAAAUGACCAAUGUUCAAGCAAGAUACUAUUUUUUAUACUUACUACUUUUGUAUUGGAAUAAACCGUUGUAUUUGCA